AUGUCUGACGCUCCCGCCAAUACCACCUCUGCCUUACGGCGUCCCUCCACCAGCUCCGACACAUCCUCCCUCUCCUCGGCCUCAACCGCCUACACCACUUACUCUUAUACCAAGGAAGGCCAGCCGCUCCUCGAUAUCCACGAGAGAAAAGUAAAGAGGGGACUGCGCCAGAAGGCUCGCGACAUGGUGCACGACAUGGGCAGCCCACCCACUGCGCGACAAGAUGCCAAGGACGGCAAAGAGACGCUCAACCAUGCUCCAUUGGGCGGCAUGAUAGGCGAACCCAUGAUGAGGCCAGGCAAGAUUUAG